GUAACGACUAAAAAUUACCUCUGUUAACACAAAACAUGGCUGCGCCCAUGAGAAAAAUUGUUUACAUUAUCAAAACACUGAAUAACGUCAAAUGUAGCAAACUGCUUACGGUAUCAAUCAAUGAAAUAUCGUUCCCAUAUCCAAGCUACACAUUUUCAUGCCGAAAAAUAUAUUGUCAGCGACUUCUGGUUCAAUGCAAUAAACUCAGCGAUGUCGAUAUGAAGAAAAUGAUGGACAAUUUAAAGGACAAAUUUGCAGAUGCCCGGGAGCUUUUAGCUGACGCUAGAGAAAACAAAGGAACAGUUUAUUUUUCUGAAGAUUUAAAAGAUGCCCAAGAAGCAGUGAAGACUACUCUUGAGGAAUACCAAAAGCUACUGAUGAAAUUGUCAGAUCAACAAAAGCAUGAUGUGAUUUCUACUCUAGGACUUCGAAUGGAAGAACUGAAAGCUCAGCAGUCUGCUAUUGAAGAAGAAGUGGCAGAACACCACUGAUUGCUUAAUGCAGAGUUGCUGUGUUUGUAAACUUUGUAAUCUAAAAGCUAAUUAUGAAAGAUUCUUGUUGAACUAAAUCUAUUCUAAAUCUAUUCUUUCAGCAUUCUUGCUGUUAAGGAACUUUUUAUAUUAAAGGGAAUUGUUAACAGA